GGAGGAGGAGGUGAGAUGGGCGGAGGAUCCCAAGGAGAGAGAGAAAUAGAGUGAGGGGGAGGAGGAGAGGAAGACGAGAGGUGGAGCUGGGAAAGCACCAGAAGCCAGAGCCACAGCUCCGGAGGAAGCAGAAGCAGCAAGCAUUUGUCUGGAAAGGAGCGCGACUCCCACAACUCCAGCUUCCUGCGUCGUCUGAGCCUCAGACUGGAAACAAAGGGCUGAUGUUCGUGCUUCACAGACAGCUGAGCAAAGAAAAAAAGCAGCUGAGCACAAACCAGCUGGAGGAAAAGAAGAGACGCUGCUGAAUGAAGGGAAGCCGACAGGAUGCUGAGCAUCCGAACCAUGACUUAGCGCAGAGCGGCUGUGGUUCCGGAGCAGCUGCCUGGACACGACUCAACUCCUUCAAGUUUCAUGUCCCAGCGUUCCAAAGGAUGAAGGAUCUGACCAUGUGCACAGCAGCUUCACCUCAUGACGAAAUAAAAAAGACGGCACAGAAGAAAGUGGCAGCUGGAAGAGUUUGAACUGAAUCUGAAACUGACUGGAGUCAAGCUUCUGCAUCCCUGAACAUCUUUUUCUUUGUUAUCCAAAAAAACAACCUUGUGCUGUUUUAUCUGCCAUGUUAGCAGCUGGACCAGCCUCGUUCAACACUGACCGGGUCAGACAAACAAGCUGGAAGCAUUAAUGUGAACAAACAGCUGUUUGUUCUGUUUGUGUCAAGAAGGAGACAAGACAUCAGGGAUCCCACCUGAAGCCAGAGCACAGACAGACAAUGAACAACACGUAUGAACAGGAUCCUCUUGCAUGUAGUUGUCACAAGUCUGUUUCUGUCCAGUUCAAAUGGCUUCAAACUAAGAGGAAUAGUGCGGCUUGAAGGAUGAGGAGGACAAGCUGAAGCUGUAAACAUGUCGCCCGUCUGUGGUUUCGCUGCUCCUCUGCAGGGUGUGGUGGCUCCCGCUCUGCUGGCGGUUUGCAUCCAGCUUCUCCAGCUGAGCUCAGUUGGGGCCACACUCGGUGGCACUCAGUCGCAACGAUGCCUCUGUGCCUCGGACAUCAUCAGCUGCACCGCCCUGGACCUGGAGGUGGUCCCCGGAGAGAUGCCCGUCUCAACUGUCACGUUGGACCUGAGCCACAACCGGAUCAAUCAGUUGCAGAGGGGCACCUUUGAAGGACUUUAUCGAUUGGAGACAUUACGCUUAGCUCACAACCAGGUGACUACUAUUCACCUGGGGGCUUUCCAAAACACCUCUGGGGAACUAAGACACCUGGACCUAUCAUCCAAUCGGCUUCAUGUUUUAAAGCAACACUAUUUUCAAGAUUUGCCUGGACUUGAGGAACUGCUGCUAUUCAACAACCGUAUCACCCAGGUGGAGAGCGGAGCUCUAAUGGGGCUGGGCAGCCUCCGCAAGGCCUACCUCAGUCAUAACCGCCUUACCUUCUUUCCCUUCUUCUCCAUCCAAGAGCACAGUCUCCCUCACCUGAGCAUGUUAGACCUGUCCUCAAACCGCCUGCUCAAACUACCACUGGACGAGAUUGUGAACCUGCCCACGCUCAUUAAGAGAGGACUCUACCUACACAACAACUCCCUGGAGUGCGAGUGCUCCAUGUACAGCCUGUUCAGGCACUGGGAGGAACGGGGCUAUGCCUCAGUGACAGACUUCAGACAGGAGCACACCUGUCGGGUCUACGGGAACCAGAAAGGUACCGUGCGCUUCUUUCAGCAUGGCCGCUAUUUUGACAAAUGCAACUCAACAGCGCUGAGAGAGCAGGAGAGCAGUGUGUCAGUGGAAGCAGGCAAAGCGUUACUGCUGCACUGUGUGACCGCUCUGACCGGCAGCAGCGUCACCUUCCUCUGGGUGUCGCCAAGCCAGGAGUACGUGGCUCCGCCAGGGAACAACGGAUCGUUGAGGAUGUUCAACAACGGCAGCCUGAAGAUCACGGAGGCAAGUGCCCAUCACUCUGGUGUGUACUGGUGCAUGGCUCUGGACCAACAGCAGAAGCUUAACGAAACCCAGGAGGUCAACGUGACUGUGGUGAUACAACCUGAGGAGCAUCACGAGUCGUUCAACACUGGCUUCACCACCCUGCUGGGCUGUGUGGUGAGCCUGAUGCUAGUUCUGAUGUACCUCUAUCUGACGCCAUGUCGCUGCCCUCCCUGUCUGAAGAUAGCAAACUCAGCUACAGCCACGAGUCUGGGCAACGACGCAGCAGCCGGGAGCGCCCAGUCCUCCAUCCUCAGCCCAACCCCGCCACCAACUACCGAGGGCCCGGGCCGCAAGAUCGGUGUGUCCAACCUUUACGCUCUGUUUUCACACCAGUCCUCUAAUCCCUCUAACUCUCUCUAUCUUUAAUUUCUUUCUACCUUCCAGUCUCCCUGUCUUUUUCUACCUUUCUACCUUCCAGUCUCCCCACAAACUGUCUUCUUCAGUCAGACCGUCAGAAUCUCCCGCCCCCCACUUAUGCCGUUCUGUCGUUUCCAUGGUAACGGGACUGCAGAAGAUGAGGAACUUCCUGAUCGUGACACUUGCAUGUUAAGAAACCACCGGCUUCGGUUGUUAUCACACAUAACGAAUGGGCUGAUCAGAACUUAUCAGCCCAUUCAUACGGGCCAUUAGGUGCCUGCUCUACCUACUCGCUAACAGCUAGCAGCUAGCUAAGUUGCUACGUUCAGCAGCUUCGGACGUUAUUGUGGUUAGGGUUAGAUAACGGGUGGGUGGUUAUGGUUACAGUUAGCUAACACAAUAACGCUAGCUACUUGCGAAGUUAUGCUCACUAGGAAAUUAAAAUCAAAAACUUCAAUCCUCCCAUUUGAACAACCGCUCAAACCCCUACUGACUCUGCCUGUUAAAUCAUCCGAGCCGUGAUCAACCUUACGCCUCGAUGACGGCGUCCUACUGCACCUAUUCACCGCUGCCAGAAGGUAGGUGGGCACCUACCGGCUCAUACAUAUGGGCUGAUAACCACUGAUAAUGACCAUUGAAUGACGUUCGAAGCCGCUGAAGAAAGACACAUUCACAGUUCUGCCAGUAUCCAUCACUAAUAGACACCCAACUGAGGCGCAGAGAGGAACCCAGAGAGGCCUCACUGCUCUGGAUCCCAUCAACGGGGGCUGAGUCCAGAACAUGUGGCACUAAGGUCUGAGUCGCAUGUGUCAUGGUACAUGAUUACACAUCACCUGAAGCUUACAUCACACCACCAGAACGUGGUUUUAAAUGUAGAACAUGAACUAAGUAUAUAAUAAAAAAACACUACUAUUGUUUAUUAUGUUAUUAUUAUAUUAUAUAUAUAUAUUAUAUAUUAUAUUAUAUUAACUAUAUUUGUGGCUAAAUUACAUUUGUUCUUUGUAACAUUAAAUAUUAAAUCAUCAUUAAAAAUAUGUUCAUUAAAAACAUUAUGAAACAGAGUUAAAACACCUUCGUUCUGACUGAUUUGGUUCUUAUAUCUAUCUGACCCUGGAUCGGUUUUAACACAGUCACAUUACUAGUGGAUGACUGUGUGACUGACCGACUCAAUGGACGCCACAGUCACUGUUGUAAAACACGCAGAAAAGGUGCGCAGACGCUACCCAGAGGAUCUGAGCCGAGCUCCAGCUCACACAAACCUAAUGCAAGAGACUCAACACUUUGGCGAAGUGGGGUGUCCUAAGAUCGAGUCUGCUUAGAGGUUCUGUGAUGAAUUAAAUAUGAGGCCACAGGAGUGUACAUGCGUGAGAUGGUGUUUGUCAGCAGAGCAGAACAAAUUAAUUCCUUCUGGACCUGCAGGACGGUCAGAACCUGCUGAGUCAUUUGAACAGAACACUGACAAAACAAGCCCCACACCUGGAAGUAGCACCCAGCUUUACUUCAUGAGGCAUUUAAUGACAUGGGUACCUGAGCACACACGGGUUCUGCGAGUUCUGACACAUAUACAGAUUCUAACAAAGAACCCACAGUAAACAGAUCCAACAGAGACAACAGGGGAACAGCGCAGCGUUCUGCUGGAAUCUUUAGUGGGAUCAGACCACAGUCAGGUCUAUGACAGUAAACCUGCACAUUUGUUCCUAAUAUUUCAACAAAUAGGGAGCUUGUGUGCGAGUCCCUGAGGGGUUUUAUUCCAGGAGCCCGUGCACAUUAACACAGAGCUCCCUGGUUCUGCUGUAAAUGAUCCUAUGUUGACUUAUCACAUCACUGAACUAGGAAUGAAUCUGAUCCAGGGGAAUUUUCACAGUCCAUCUGGCGACAGAUUCCAGUCUGGACUGAUGAAGCGACGAUGAGCUUGUGUCUGGAAUUUGUAGUUAAAGACUCCUUUGUUGUGUCUCAGUGCUGAGAGGACUGGACUCAGCCAGUCCUGAGUCACUCCUCUUCUGACCUUCCUUUGGUUUAAGUGGAUGAAGGACAUUUCCUGCUGUGGCCCAGCUAACCUCUCAGUCACCAUGUCAGACUAAGCUGCUGUUGACCACCUACAGAUGCAGUGCCUCCCAGUGGGCUAAAUGUCAGCCCACUCCCUUUCUUCUGCUUUUCUAGGACUGACGUUCAUCUUAGCAGGCUUUAGUUAUUAUUUGUUAUCAUCUUACUGAUACUGUCUGCUAUUGUCUGCGUGCCAUUCACUUCACAACCGUCUUAACUGCAUACCAUGAAUCCAAUAAGUUUUGGUUAUUUUCCUCCUUUGUUGCUUGUUUUUUUUAUUUAUGUUGUUGUAUUCUGUAACCGAGCAGCUGCUUAAUUCUAUGUUUUUCUAAUAAAUACAUGAAUCUCAUGUCCAUUUAUCCCUGUUUUACCAUGUUUGCCUCCCUGUGCAUUAGUGAAUUAAACCUUCCUGAAAACCAGACUCAGCACAACACGAACAUGUAUCAAUAAACAAUCAGAGCAGUGAAAGCAGCAACGGCACAGAGCAAUAAAAAAUCAUGGUGCACUGCAAAGAAACAACAUCCCCAGAGCCCAGCCCUCUCAUGAUCCAGAGCCUCUAAGCUAAUUAGACUCUGUCUCAAUCUAAUCUGUGGAUGGCUGUGAGCUGUUUCUCAUGUCUUUCAGUCCAGGGUAAU